AUGAUUCAAGCUCUCCCAGAUGAAGGUUUGGAAGGAUUGUUGAUUCUCGAUCUCACCAAGAAUGUCUUUAAAUUGUCACUCAAUACCACCUGGCAGAACAUUAGCAAUCUUGUGAAGCUAUUUCUGAGUGGAAAUGGACUGAGCACAUUAAAACCAAGACAGUUUCAGGGGCUGCUGAACCUCAAAAUGUUAGAUCUUAGUGACAACUACAUUGAAACACUUCCUCCGAAGUUCCUUUAUGGUCUGACCAAGCUUCAGAUCCUUAAUCUGAAUAUGAACAAGAUAUUAAGUUUAUCCUAUGGCAUCCUGGAAGGAGCUCCUGCCCUUAAGGACCUCCAACUUAGAAAUAACAUGAUCGAGAUGGUCGAGGUAGGUGUGUUUGAGAACUGCACACAACUACAACAAAUUUAUCUGACAAUUAACAACCUAAAAAGUGUAGGUGAUGGGAGUUUCAAGGGUGCCAUAGGGCUAAAUCAUCUUGAUCUUAGUCAAAAUGGAAUAGUUGCUGUACCUACCGGUGUCUUUAAGGACACUCAGCAUCUCACUAGCCUCUAUCUUCAAAAAAAUAACAUAACUUCAAUCCCUGAGGACAUUUUCUCUGAGAUUCCCAUGCUGAAGCAUUUGGAUUUGAGUCAUAAUGCUCUUGUUUCCAUGUCCAACGGUUCGCUCAGAGGUCUUUCCCAGCUGGGCGCACUGGACCUGAGUUUCAAUAAGUUGUGGAUGCUAACUUCAAAUGUGUUUCAGGACUUGGGAAAGCUUGAGAGCCUUAAUUUGUUUCACAACAAUCUGAUGUUGCUUCCCAAUGGCUUGUUCAAUUACUUAAGCAGGGUAACAGAAAUUCAGCUGGACAACAAUAAUAUUUCUGUAAUUCCACCGGACCUCUUUCACCCACUUUCAUCUUUGCAAGAUCUACAACUGGACAACAAUCACAUUUCGGAGCUCCAUUCACAGACAUUUAUGAAGCUGAGGAAUCUUAAGCAUCUUGAUCUUUCCAACAAUGACCUUGUGAAGAUUCCCAUGCACCUCUUCAAAAGGACACGCCAUCUGAGGGAUCUUAGCCUGGAGAACAAUCAUAUCCGUUACAUUCCAAAACUGUCCUUGAAACACUUAGUCAAGCUACAGACUCUGAAACUCAGCAACAACAAACUGUCAAGACCCUUUGCAGAUCUACUGACUGGUCUUAGUCAUUUACGGGAGUUAUUACUCAGUGAAAACCAGAUAGAAACCAUCCCUAUUGGAUUUUUCACAGGUCUUACAAAACUGAAGUUUUUGGAUUUGUCCAACAAUAAACUGCAUUCUAUCUCUUCUGAUGCCUUCGAAGAUCUGUCGGCAUUGAAAAAGCUGGAUCUGAGAUUCAAUGCUCUCGAUAAACUUCCAGAGGACAUCUUCACAUCUUUGAGAAAUCUCAAAAGGCUCUAUCUGGAAAACAACCAGCUCACACACUUGCCCACCAAAGUGUUUUCUGCUCUAUCCAGAUUGGAAGAGCUCCAUUUGGACAGAAACCAGAUCCAGCACAUUCAUCCAACACAGUUUGAAGGCUUAGUGAUGUUACGCGAACUUGAUGUUACAUUUAAUCAACUGCGCUAUAUGGACAAUGGGACUCUGAUGCCUUUAGCAAAUCUAAGGGUUAUCCAUCUUAAUGAGAAUCCAUGGGAUUGCUCUUGUGUGUUCAUUCUCUAUAUAACAUUGUACAAAUUCUGA